AUGGCAUCUGCACGCUCUUUGAUGCGCCUGGGAACUGGCCGAUCGAUGGCCUCGGCCUCGAGGUCCAUGGGCCCUCGCGCUUUUUCCUCCUCUUCUUUGCAAUACGCUGCUAAGGCCUCUACACAACCGGGGGCGCCGGAGCCCGAGAACAUGCGCCAGGCGCAACGGCCUCCCCAGGGUCCCCUUCGUGCACCCAUCGUCAACCCGGCCGAUAAGUGGCAGGAAAAGGCCGAUAGCUUGCACACCUACGGACAGUACAUCAUGUCCUGCCUUCCUAAAUACGUCCAGCAGUUCACCGUCUGGAAGGACGAGUUGACCGUGUAUACCGCUCCCGCCGGUGUCGUCCCCGUCAUGAGCUUCCUCAAGAACCACACCUCCGCCGAGUUCACCCAGAUUUCCGAUAUCACCGCUGUCGAUUUUCCUACCCGCGAUCAGCGCUUUGAGGUCGUUUACAACCUGCUUAGUGUUCGCUACAACUCCCGUAUCCGUGUCAAGACCUACGCCGACGAGGCUACCCCGGUUCCCAGUGUGACUGGCCUUUUCGAGGGCGCCCUGUGGUACGAGCGUGAGGUUUACGACAUGUUUGGUGUUUUCUUCAGCGGUCACCCCGAUCUGCGCCGUAUCAUGACCGACUACGGUUUCGAUGGUCACCCUCUCCGCAAGGACUUCCCCCUGACUGGAUACACCGAGCUGCGCUACGACGAGGAGAAGAAACGAAUUGUCAUUGAGCCUCUCGAGCUGACCCAGGCUUUCCGUAACUUCGAUGGCGGAUCUACUGCCUGGGAGCCUGUUGGUGCUGGUCAGAACCGGACACCUGAUUCCUUCAAGCUCCCUACCCCCAAGCCUGAGCCGCCGAAGGACGAGGAGAAGAAAUAG